CCUCCGAGCCACAACAUGGCCACGGCGCCCCAGAAGGCCUUCUUGGCGUACAUCUACGCGCUCUUCCCAGGCUUCGUGGGCCUCCUAGCGUUCAUCGCAUCGCGGCUGCCACCCUACGGCGCGCUGCUUGUGCUCGCGCUCUUUCUUCACGCCAAUGUAGUUGAUCGCGCCGCGUACAAUGGCAAAGGCCGCGUCGUACGCUUCUUGCGCACAUCUAGGCUCUGGGAGUACGCGCGUCUCUACUUUCCGCACACGCUGCACCAAGACGACGAGCUGGAUGCGACCAAGAACUACUUCUUCAUCGCCCAUCCGCACGGCAUCAUUGGCAUUAGCAUUUGGAUGGCCUUUGGCGGCGACUCGCUCCACUUUUCACGCAAAAACAAGAAUUUGGACAUUGCGCUCGCCACGGUCGGCGUCAACUUUCGCGUCCCGCUCUGGAAGGACCUGCUUCUCGCCCUGGGCUUUGUCGACGCGAGCUACACGUCGCUCUCAAACGUCCUUGGCUGUGGCCGGUCGGCCUGUCUCGUGGUCGGCGGCGCGCAAGAGGCGCUCGAGUCGCACCCGGGCACGAACCGGCUCGUUCUCAACCGCCGCAAAGGCUUUGUCAAGCUCGCUCUGCAGCACGGCGUGCCCCUCGUGCCCGUCUACACGUUUGGCGAGACGGACCUCUUCACGCAGGUGGCCAACCCCAUGGGCUCGCUGCUCCGAAAUGUCCAAGAAAAGCUCCUCAAGACGUUUACGUUUUCGAUGCCGUGCGUCACGAGUGGCCCGCUGCCGAUGAGUACGCCGCUGCACACGGUCGUGGGGUCGCCGGUCGUCGUGCCCAAGCGGGCGGCGCCGACGCAGGCCGAGAUUGAUUUGUACCACGCCAAGUACGUCGACGCGGUCAAGGCGCUCUUCCAGGAGCACCAGAUGUCGUUUUACAAGGGCAAGGCUGGCACCGACCUUGAGAUUGUGCUCUGAUCGAGCGUGUCGACUGCUAUGAGUCCGAGUUGUGCAGAGGGGCUCAAGGGAAUUAGUUCACUCCCUUGAGAGGCCAUAACGCCGUCAAUGAAACUGGGCCUUUCAAGGACUUGCAUGUCGGC